AUGAACGUCCGGGAGAAGCGGGAGAUCACCGGGUUAAACGGGAACUCCAGCAGUGACCUCGGGGUGUGUGGCUGGAUCCUGGUCUGCCUUUCGUUCUUGAUCUUCCUUAUGACCUUCCCCUUGUCUUCAUUUCUCUGCUUUGAGAUUGUCAUGGAAUAUCAGCGAGCUGUCAUCUUUAGACUAGGACACAUCCGAAAAGGAGGUCCAAAAGGCCCAGGUAUCUAUUUCAUUCUGCCCUGCAUAGACGAAGUUGUCACAGUGGACAUGAGGACUGUGUCAUUUGAUAUACCCCCCCAGGAAAUUCUUACCAAAGAUUCAGUAACGGUUCUUGUGGACGGUGUGGUUUAUUACCGAGUUCAGAACGCCAUCCUCUCUGUGACAAAAGUUGCUUUUGCCGACUCAGCCACUCGGCUCCUGGCUCAGACCACAUUGAGGAACGUUCUUGGGACCAAGAGCCUCUCUCAGAUCCUCUCUGACCGGGAGGAAAUCGCCCACAGCAUGCAGAUCACAUUAGAUGAAGCCACAGAUGACUGGGGUAUAAAGGUGGAGCGGGUAGAGAUCAAAGAUGUGAAGCUGCCCAUCCAACUGCAGAGAGCCAUGGCUGCUGAAGCAGAAGCUACCCGGGAAGCAAGAGCAAAGGUGAUUGCAGCAGAAGGUGAAAGGAACUCCUCCCUGGCCUUGAAGGAAGCUGCCUUAGUGAUCACGGAGUCUCCUGCAGCCCUCCAGCUUCGCUACCUACAGACUCUGACCACUAUUGCUGCUGAGAAGAACUCUACCAUUGUGUUUCCGCUGCCAUUGGAUAUGCUGCAAAGUUUCACUGGAACAAAACGUUAACUGGGGAUGUAGAUGCAGGACGAGGGGCUGUUUCUCAGGACCCCAGAUUUUCUUAAAAGUGCAAUGCAGUGUUGGACAAAGGAAGAUUAAUUUAAUUGUUUGUUAGCAGAGGUUUUUUUACAUUUUGUUU